AAAUGGUACACAGCUUUUUCUUCAUUACUUUUGUUUGUUAUUACUUUCACCUGUGUCCCCCUCUCUCAUGUAACGAAACUCAAUAAUGAAGAAAAACUUUUUGUAUCAAACCUUAUCAUUUUUUCUCCUUCAGUAUCUGUUAUUUGCAUCUGCAGCACUACUGCCGGAUGCCACGACACCGUCGGUGCAUAAUGUUAGUAGGGAUAGAGAACUCUUAAGUGGGUGCAAUAUGUUUCAAGGCAAAUGGGUUAUUGAUACUUCAUAUCCUCUUUAUCAAUCUUCAAGUUGUCCUUUUCUUGAACCUGAGUUUGAUUGCCAAAAGUAUGGCCGCCCUGAUAAACAGUAUCUUAAGUAUUCAUGGAAACCAGACUCUUGUGACUUGCCCAGAUUUGAUGGGAUGGAGUUUCUGAGAAGAUGGAGGGGGAAGAAGAUUAUGUUUGUAGGUGACUCACUGAGUUUGAAUCAGUGGGAAUCUCUGGCUUGUAUGAUACAUGCUUCUGUACCAAAUUCCAAGACCAGCUUCGUCAAGAAGGAUUCACUUUCUGCUGUAACAUUUCAGGACUAUGGAGUUUCCAUUCUUCUUUAUCGUACUCCGUACUUGGUAGAUAUACAGAGAGAAAAUAUCGGGCGAGUGCUGAAACUGGACUCCAUUCAACAAGGAAAUGCAUGGAAAGGAAUGGAUAUGCUUAUAUUCAAUACAUGGCAUUGGUGGACUCAUAAAGGAAAAUCGCAACCAUGGGAUUAUGUACAAGAUGGCUCUACUAUAUCCAAAGAUAUGGACCGUUUACUGGCAUUUUACAAAGGUUUGACGACAUGGGCUCGAUGGGUUGAUCUCAAUGUUGAUCCAACAAAAACGAAAGUGUUCUUCCAGGGAAUCUCUCCCACUCACUAUCAGGGAAGGGAUUGGAGGUCGGGAUCAAAGAACUGCUACGGUGAACAACAACCACUAUCAGGAUCGAUAUAUCCAGGAGGGACACCCCCAGAAGUUUCUAUUGUUAACAAAGUACUGAGCAGAAUAAAAAAACCUGUAUAUCUUCUAGAUAUCACCACCUUGUCCCAAUUAAGGAAAGAUGCUCACCCAUCGGCUUAUAGCGGUGAACAUUCGGGUAUUGAUUGUAGCCAUUGGUGCUUACCUGGAUUGCCUGAUACUUGGAAUCAGCUUCUAUAUGCUGCACUUGUCAUGUGAUGAUUCAAAAGAAGAGAGAAUUUUUACUUAUAUUUGCUUUUGAUUUUCUUCAACAGAUUUGUUGUACAUUUGUGGAGGCAUUGGAAAGUAUGGUUAGUAGUUGUGAUUUAUGAAUGGAGAAUAAGACAGGAAAUGUAGAAUAUGGGCUGUAAUAAGAGUCUACUUGAAAGAAAGGCUUUUGUAGGUAACUACUAAA